GAACAUUUGAGCUACCGCGCAUGCGCAGUUAAAUGUAAACAUGUCUAAACAUUGAAAUUCAUUUUGGAUAAGUGUUUGUAAAAAUCAAGUGCAGUUCACAAUGCCACUGUUCCCAUUUGGUGACAAAUUUUCCCCUAAGAAAACUCCCCCUCGAAGAGCUCAGUCUCUUUCAAAUUUACAUUUGGAUGCAGAAAAAUCAAGAGAGGAAUUUGGCCCAGAUGUCGGCCCUGUAAAACUGAGACUUGGAGGUCAAGAAGUUGCAUUUGAGAAUGGAAUGUGGGUGCAGGAGACUGGACCAAAUGCAGCCAGCCACAAGGAAGUUAUGAAACUGAGACGGGACAACCAGAACCUUGUGGAGGAGAACAACAUGCUCAAACUGAAAAUAGACAUCUUGUUAGAUAUGCUGGCAGAAACAUCGGCCAUAUCUCACUACCAUGAAAAUGAGCUGAAACAGUUGAAAGCUGGAGGAAAGAAAAGAUAAAUGACUUAUGUCCAUUACCUGCAUUAGUGGAUUACCUCGUGCAUCUGUGAUAAUGUAGUCAAGUGUAAAACAGAGACAUGUGUUGAGAUAGAUGAUAGUCAAAAACAUGAAGGCAUCAAUAGAAUGAUUUGAAUCUUCAAUGUGAAACUGAGUAAAUUACUAGUAUAGGUACAGGUGCUAUAAUUAUUAGAUAAGUGUCAUGACCCAUUAGAAACAAAAUUAAUGCACCCAUUGUUACGCAAUCCACACUGAUCCACCAUGCCUUAUUCAGAUAUUUUUCUCAUUGCAAAGACUCAUGAACAAAUCCAUUACUAUAGAUAAAGUUCUGUGCACAUUUUUCUUCUUAAAAUGAAAAAUUAAAAAAAGUACUUUAAUAGAGUUUGACUGAUGAUAUAUGUACCUCUUUUAUACAGUUAGUAUUGUCAGUGUCUUCAUUAUGUAGACAAGUAAAACUGGGAGCAUGUUGGUGCACUUAUUUAAGUGUUAUUACUUCCAGUUUUUUAAUUGGAUCUGCUUUGUGACAUUUUCAAAGAUCUGAAAAACAAUGUAAAUAAUUGUGAUAUAGUUUGUUUGUUCUUGUAGCUAGCAGUAAAUACAUAUAAAUAUUUAUAUCUAUGUAAUUAUGAUUUUGUUGUAAAUAAUGCUAUUUUAAUGUUUUUUAAGUGAUGUAUGUACAAAUAAGUAUAAAUAAAAUAUAGACAAUUUA